AUGGACAGAUUAUGCAGUUUGAUUUCUGCAAAAAGAAGAAAGAGAAGGACACCAAUGGCCAUAAUUGACAGUGCUGAUGCAUCCGAAGAAGCAGGGAUCACAACUGUUGAGACUAAUAAAACUUGUGAAUUCUCUACCACUUCUGAUCUUUGCAUUUGCGUAGUCACAUGGAAUAUGAAUGGACAGGUCUCUUAUGAAGAUAUAAAAAAGCUGGUGGGGGGAGACCGGAAAUAUGAUGUGCUUGUGGCUGGUUUGCAAGAGGUGCCCCGGAGCAACAUUCUAGGACUAUUAGAGGAUGCUUUGGCUGAUACACACAUUUUGUUAGGGAAAGCAGUAAUGCAAUCUCUGCAGCUGUACAUUUUUGGAUCGAAGAAUUCCGAUUUAUUCAUAAAAGAAGUAGAAGUUGACAAACAUGAUGUUGGGGGAUGUGGAGGUUUAAUUAGGAGAAAGAAAGGAGCUGUGGCUAUUAGCAUCAGGUACAAGGGAAUACAAAUGGUGUUCAUAUCCUGCCAUCUCUCCGCUCAUGCUCACAAUGUGGAAGAGAGAAAUUCACAAUGCAGGCACAUAUCACACUCCUUAUUCUCCAAGACUUGGAAUCCCUAUGCCAAACCAGCUCCAGUGACUGUCUGGUUGGGAGAUCUUAACUAUAGACUGCAAGGGAUUGAUACAUUUCCAGCCAGAAAUUUAAUAGAGAACAACCUUCAUGAACUGCUCACUACCAAAGAUCAACUCCUGCAAGAGGCUGAAAGAGGACAGGUAUUCAGUGGAUACUGCGAGGGGACAUUAGCAUUCAAACCAACAUACAAAUACAACAUUGGAAGCAGUGACUAUGAUACCAGUUACAAGAUAAGAGUACCGGCAUGGACAGAUCGAAUAUUGUUCAAGAUAGAAGACGAGGAUAUCAAUGCUACUCUGCACUCAUACGAGUCCAUUGACAGUAUAGAUAGCUCUGAUCAUAAACCAGUUAAAGCUCAUCUUUGUUUAAAAGUAAAUAAAAUGGACCGCUCUUUCAAAUCCAGAAUAUCCAAGUACGAGCAAGUGUAA